GUCGCUAGCUGUAGAGAGCUGCCAGGUCUGUGUAGUUACGACGCUAUUAAUUAGCUCAUAGUUUUCGGCUCGGGCUCCUCUGUGGUAGUUUUUUUUUUUUUUUAAAUCUUUAAACAAAGUUUUAAGGUUAAAAAACAAAACAAAACAUGGUUUCCUGUUCGUUAUUUGAUGUGCUGUAACAUUAGGAGUGAAGAGUUAAACUUGUAACGAGUGGCUCCAUUGGCGUAGACGUCAUUAUUAACUUCCCAUAUUAUGCAAAUUAUAAGUUCUCUUCUGAUGCAAAUGUAGAGCCAGAUAUUUUUUAAAGUAAUCCAUAUAUGCUCUAAAACAGUACUGCAACUUAAAGAUUCCACGUAUUUUGAAUCUUACUGUUACGUAAAUAAGGUUAUAUGAAUUUAUGUACGUAUAAAUAAUAAAACUAUUGAGGCUAAAAAAAAAGUUACUGUUGAAUUAGUGUAUAUACACUACUUCUGCAGUAACUUAUUUGCUUAAAAGGGAUUUAAAGCCUUUUAAUAUUUUUUUUCAGACUGUGUUUGGAUUGCCCUUAAUUAUUGCUUAGUGAAACUUGUCAGUCUGGUCAGUAAUUAUUCAGGCAUACUGGUGUGGUACAGGUUUCCCGGCUUUCCUAAAAACUACUCUUUCAAAAUGCAGCUUAUUGAGAAUAGGAUCUCCAUGAAGAUUUACUUGAAAAAGCUACUUUGGGACAAACAGACUUCAGACCCAUGACAGCUGUGUCCGUGAUGUUCCUGAAGGCUGCGGCAUGGACCGAAACAUUGGUGAUCCGCUGAACAAAGCCUACGAAGCCUACCGCAACAUCUCGAUUGAGAAUGAAAAUGCCAAAAAGCUACUACAGGAGAAGACAGAGCAGUUUCAAAGGUAUACACAGCAGCUGGAGAAAAAGAUAGAAGACCAAGAGCGAGAGAUUUCAGAGCUCAAAGCACAAUUAAAUUCAAUAAAGCAUGCUUCAGGGGAAGUGAAAUGUUGCGAGACUGCACACCGAAAACAGGAAACAGAAAGGUUGUCACCUAGUAUUCCGUGGCCUAGCAACUCCCCCACUUCCCACAGGACUAACUAUACCCUGAAAGAAUCCCUGGGGUGUCCACCGAUGUGUCCCCGUCCAGUACCUGGUGUUAGUGGCGAGAAAUCUGAGGAUUUUCUAGACGCAUUUCAGGAAAUGCAGGGGACUUUCCAGAGGAUUCAGAUUCUUACAAGACGGCAGAAAGAUCAUCUGAAAAGAAUACACAAAGGAAAUGAUGCUGCCAGUGCAGAGCAACAGUUUUCCAUGCCCAUUCAGUGCACAGACGACACCGGCGAACAAGUUGAAGAGCCCUUUGCAUCCUCUUCAAGGCCAGAGGUCGAUGAAGGCUUGACCUCAGGCGCACUAGCGUCGCAUGGUGCCAGUCCGGAGGACGGUGACUUUAUGGACGAUAUUAAGUUCCCGCCACCCACAGAUAGCGAAUAUGAAUUUUUGCACAGUGCUCCAGACAGGAAUGUGCCACUCCCAGUGCCCAGGAAAGACCUGUCAGAACCCAUUUCCACAGUGUUGGAGGAGUCCUACUCCUCAUACUCUGUCUCCACUCCACCAUCACACCUGCUGCCUGCAUCCGCAUCACACGAAGGAGUCCGGGGACCACAACAGCCACUGUGGAGCCCUGAACUGAUCCCUGCUAUUGCAUCGGAAACAUCAAGCAUGGGGUCUGCUCACUGUACUUUUUGCAAGGCUACUGUUCCCAAUGACCUCAUGUACAGCCACCUCAAUUCACACUUCCAGGACAAAGCGGGUGAUUGACAGAGCCAGACCCAGGAGCUGCUUACAAGCCGAUGUCUUCCCUUAUUCAUGGCUUUGUUGCCUGUCCUCUAUGCACAAUGAGCUCGGCACACGGCGGCCACAGUGGCUUUUCAUUCAGAGCUUGGUGGGAGGGGAGGUCUCCAUGCUCAUUUAUUUAAAUUGUAAGAACUUGAACGGUACGUUUUGUGGUAUUAACAACUCAAUUAAUCAGUCUGGUUUUGAUGUGUUGGACUUUUGAAUGUGUUGUCUGUGUAAUAAAGAAAUGCUUCCAUUUUAUAA